CCGGAGUGUAGCUAAUCCUUACAGAAAAGAACAACAGAAAAAUGCUGCUGCCAAACGACUUUCCCAAAGGAGAAAGAGAUGAGGAGCAAUGAAAAAACCACUGGCUUCUUUUUUGUAUCAUCAGCUUCCUACCUAUACAUACACACAAAAACUCAUAUAUGUAUUCUGUAUAUGUUAUUAUCACGUAUUUAUAAAUAGAUUAAUCUCUGUUCGUAUCAGCCCUUUUUUCUCUAAGCUUUUCCUUCUCUAUAUAUCCAAAACUUGUUCCAAUUUCUUAUCUCCAUUUCUUUGAUUGCCAGUCCUCUCUCUGUGUCUUUUUCUCCUAGUAAACUAAAUGUUAGUUUUUUUUUUUUUUUUCCUUAUUUGAAGUUCAUACAGAACUUCAUUGGCCAUAUUAGGCCUGUAGAUCAGACAUAUUAGACACCAUAUAUAUUGAAAUUAAUAUCAAACAUAGAAGAAAAUCAAAGCAGAACAUCAUAAACAUUUGAUAUUACUUGCACAAAUUCCAAAUAUGAACCCUUUAGGCUCAAUGAAGGAGAAGUUUCUGGAAUCGAGUUCGAAAUAUGCCGGUGAGCCACUGAGGGAUGUUCCUCAACCAUUGGAGGGACUUCAUGAUGAAGGACCCGCUCCUUUCCUCACCAAAACCUACGAUUUUGUCGAUGACCCGAACACGGAUCAUGUUGUUUCUUGGAGCAGAGGAAACAACAGUUUUGUUGUCUGGGAACCCCAGACCUUUGCCAUCAAUCUCCUUCCCAAGUUCUUCAAGCAUAACAAUUUUUCAAGCUUUGUCAGGCAGCUCAACACUUAUGGCUUUAGAAAGGUUGAUCCAGAUAGGUUGGAGUUUGCUAAUGAAGCAUUUUUGAGAGGACAAAAGCAUCUUCUGAAGAACAUUAAUAGGAGGAGAAAAACAGUACCUUCCCAUCAUCACAAGACUUCACAGGCUCCACCAGACCCUUGUGUUGAAGUAGGUCAGUUUGGACUGGAUGUGGAAGUUGCACGGUUGAGGCGAGACAAGCAUGUUCUAAUGGAGGAGUUGGUGAAACAUAGACAGCAACAGCAGGAUACUGGAGCUUACCUCAAAGCAAUGGAUGAAAGACUAAAAGCCGCAGAGAUGAAACAGCAAAAGAUGAAGAGUUUCGUGGCAAGACUAAUACAGAAUCCGAGUUUUGUACAGCAAUUACUCCAACAAAAUGAUAUGAGAAAAGAGAUUGAGGAAGCUAUUGGUAAGAAGAGGAGGAAGCAAAUCCAGCAAGCUCCAAGCAAUGAAAGAGGCGACGAAAUAGGCCAAGUUGGGAUGGAAAGAACUCAGAUUAAAGUAGAACCUCAAGAUUAUGGUGACCUUUCCGGAUUCCAUGAUUUUGGGCUGGAGAAAAUUGCUAGUGAUGAAGUGCUUGAUGAGGGAUUUUGGGAAAAUUUAAUGAAUGGGGAGAUUGAAGAAGCAAUUGGUUUACUGGAUGGUGAAGUAGAAGAAGAAGAAGAAGAUGUUGAUAUUUUAGCUGAGCAGCUUGGUAUAUUGGAUUCUAUUCCAAGAUAGUGUAUAGUUUAUUCUAGCUUGUUAAUUUUAUGUUUGUCUGCUUCAAUAAUCUGGUUAGGAGACAUUAAUAUUUCUUGUGUUCUUUCUGAUUUGUGUUUUUAAGAAAAUUAUUAUAAUUCAUCUUCGGAAGAACGAAGCAAUUCCAAGAGUAAAGAAAUGAAACAAUGUAAGCUUCUUUCACAACGGAUUUUAGGUUCCUUUGGUGGAGAUUGUUCGGAUAUUUGAAUAUUAUUAAUGUUUAUA